GAUGCCAUUUCCUAUCAUUUAUUCACAAGCCAGUCGCCGCUGAGGGGUUUGCAUCGGGAGCAGCGAAGGGCGAAGAACAUGCGGAUUUCUCUAAAAACGGGUGUUUGCGAGUGAGGCGCAAACUCCACCCUUUUAAAGGCGGCGGCGGCCCAAUCGGCGCCGGAUCGCGGGCGGUGCAUGGAGGUGUAUUGUUUACGUCUGUCGGGAAAGUAGGUCAGCGGGUGUGUGGCGGUGUGCGCCGUCGGCAUGUCAAACGGGUCUCUCAAAACAAACCCGCAAGGAGACGUUUGAACUGGACCUGCGGGGCGGGGGAAUCAUCGCCGCCCGAGUGGAGGACGACCGAGCUGCUGUUAUUUUCAGGUAGCUGCUGGUUGGAGGGUUGCAUGUGAUCGAGGCUAGCUAGUCAUAGCAGGCAGCAGUUGCAGGUCGGUAUAUCCGCCGCGUCCCAUUGCUCUGCAGAUAGAUACUAAACGUUAGCGCGCUUUUGCACCGCGAUGUGUUCGCGACACGCCUGUGGUUUAUAAGUUGGCCCGAUCUGGGGUGGCAUUAAAAACGACACACGCAGGCUGCUUCACUCUGUAUCGCAGCGGGCCUGUUUUGUGGACAAAGAAUUGCAUCGGUGCAAAAAAAAAUAAAAAAUUGACGAAGGCCGUCCAGCUUCAGCCCUGUUAGCUUGGGCGCCGCUCACACCGGCCGAUACCGGAGCAUUUCCCUUAUAAGACACAUUGGCCGGCUUCCAGCCCCUAGUCCGCGGACACGGAUUUCCCGGGGUCCAUCACGCACGUAUCGAUGCAUUAACUUCUAGUCUGGGGUCACUUCUGCGUGGCGUGUUUAAGAGAUGGUAAUGGUGAGAUUCACUAUUUCGUCCGUCAAGCCUAUUGCCAUUAAUAAUAAAAGAGAUCCUAUUGACAUUUGAAAACAGCUAGCAGUCAUGUCGGCUUGCAGGUAUAACUGGAUUGAUUUCUUGUGUAAAUGCGUGUUGGGCGGUACGGGGUAAUUUUACGUAGAUUUCAUGGGGGCACAGAUACCUGGAACGAACUUGUGUGAUUGCAGCGUGCCGUUUAUGCAGAUCCAAGUCGUCCACUACUGUAUUGGUAUGUGUGUGUGUGUGUGUGUGUGUGUGUGUGUGUGUGUGUAUGUGUAUAUAUAUAAAAUAUUACAUACACUCUAGCACAGUUGAAUGACACCAUUACCCUCGCUGAACAGGUUCACGCUGUCCUAGUCACACUCAGACAUGUCAGUGCACGAUACUGCUCCACACCUGGUUUAAUUACACCUCUGACUCAAGGACACUCUUAUUCCAAAUAAUAUACCAGGGUUUCAGCAACAGGAGCCACAUAUGAAAGUCGGUUGUGACAUUUGCAUUUUCCAACAGGUGUGUAAUUACUUCAAACUAGUAAUAUCAUUUUCACACCACAAAUUUUGAGGAGCUAUAGCAUUCAACAAAGAUGAAACCAAUAUUUUAAGUGUCAUUUAGUAACUGUGCAGUAGAAAAAGAGAGCUUGAGGUUACAUCUGCCUGCCUUCCUAUUUUGGAGCUCAGACUGAGACUGUGACGUGUGGGCAUCCCUCUAUCGCGAGAAUUACACAGUGAGAUGGGAAGCGAUGGUCAAAGAAAGGAUCUGAUGAAAGGCAGCUUUGGCAGACAUUUGGGCAGAAUUGUAGGUGAGUCCAGAUGGGUGUGUGAGCCUCUGCUGGCCUGCUGCAGAUGCAGACGGUAGCUUUCGGCACGUAUGGCCUGGGAGGCCGUAAGUAGGUCCCAGCCAUGCGGCUCGGUUUGUCUGCAGCUAUAAAUACAGAGGAGUGAGACUGGCAGCAACGGGGCAGAUGGCGCUGCGGAGCGAUGCUCGCACGCGCGGCUCACCCCGAGGUCCUUCGCUUCCAGCAUGUUCCGUAGAUUUAGGGUGGUGUCCGCAUCCAGUCAGCCUCGAGCUUAGGUAAUGCUUUGUUGUGUAGAGCUGGGUGUGCAGGAUACGUGCCCGGAUUAGAGUGCCCUCCUCCGGUGGCGUGGGCUCCGGCCCGGAUGUGUUCCUCUGCCCACCGGGCUCCCGCCGUGUCCCCUUCUAGGCCGUGAGCUCUACCUGCCAUGUCGAGGCGGAAUAGGAGCGGCCGAGCGUGGCGGUACGUGUGGAGCGGCAUCUGGAGGGACGUGGACGCCAGGGCGAUGGUGCUGGCCUCCGAGAGCGAGGACUGGGGCUACGAGCGGCUGCAGGUGAGACCGGCGCUGCGCAGUCAUCCGGCACGCCGUCACGGCGAGUCACUACAGUACAGCGACUCGGAUUCGGAGCUGGAGUUCUCGGGCGCCGCCCCAGCUGUCCCCAGUGCGGUACCUGUGACAGGCGAGUCCUACUGCAGCUGCGAGUCCCAGGCAGAGCCCAGCUGCGCCUCCCGGCUGCGGGGGUUCCACCACACCGAUGACUGCCACUGCGGGGAGGACGACCAGCACUUCGACUGGGUGUGGGACGACAGCAGCAAGUCGACGGCGACGCUGUUGAGCUGCGAGAACCGCGUGGUGAACUUCCACAUGGAGUACAGCUGUGGCACGGCGGCCAUCCGGGGCACCAAGGAGCUGGCCGACGGGCAGCACUUCUGGGAGAUCAAGAUGACCUCCCCGGUGUACGGCACCGACAUGAUGGUAGGCAUCGGGACCUCGGAUGUGAACCUGGACAAGUACAGACACACCUUCUGCAGUCUUCUGGGGAAGGACGAGGACAGCUGGGGUCUGUCCUACACAGGUCUGCUGCACCACAAAGGCGACAAGAUCAACUUCUCGUCACGAUUCGGCCAAGGCUCCAUCAUCGGUGUGCAUCUGGACACCUGGCAUGGCACGCUUACCUUCUUCAAGAACCGAAAAUGCAUAGGCGUGGCUGCCACACGGCUCCAGAAUAAGAAGUUCUACCCGAUGGUUUGCUCGACGGCAGCCAAGAGCAGCAUGAAGGUGAUCCGCUCCUGCUUCGCCCCCACCUCCCUGCAGUACCUGUGCUGUGCUCGGCUGCGUCAGCUGCUGCCUGACUGCGCAGACACGCUGAGCGUGCUGCCCCUGCCUCCGGGCCUGCGGCAACUGCUGCACAACAAGUUGGGCUGGGUGCUGAGGCUGAACGACGGCGCGGCAGACGGCCCUGAGCACUCGGCCGACUCCCCGACCCCCUCGGCCUCCUGUGCCUCCUCGGGGAGCGACUCGGACGGCUUCUCUUCGGACCCGGAGGCCUGCCAGAGGAAGCGAUGCCGCUGGACGUGAGUGCUUCUGUGCCCUGCCCCCCACCCCCCAGAGAGAAGGGCCACAUGGCGUCAGCAGGACGUCAGACUGGAACAAACACAGCUGGUUUCUGGAGCUGGUCUUGGACAACCUGCCUCUGUACUUUUUUCCAUGGUCCAUUUUCUUUUCAUUGAUCUCACAAUGGAGAUGCAAAGUCCACCCCCACCCCCCACCCCCCCUGUUUUCCAUUACUGUCCCUGAGGGAUAAAAAUUGCGUCUUACCCUCCCGCCCCCUUGGUCUGGUUAGGGCUUGCAGCUGGCCAAUCGGAUAGUCCGUGAUGGACGUGCGUGACAUCCAUGUAUUCAACAUAGUGGCAACCAAAUCAGAUCCAGUACAGGUUCAGCUUGAAAGAUGAAAGCACCUAUUCGCAGUGUGUACACCACACCGCAGGUGCAUAUGACAGACCCGUAUGUGCAUUUAAACCUGUACAGUAUUUUUCCGAUGCUCUUCACUCCCACAUGGGCUUGCAGGCCGCUUUCUGUCUGCACUACGAUUCCUGGCUGUGAUGGCCCACGCAGAUAAGGACCGACCCACAGCACAGACUGUCUUUGAACCGCAGGGUUGGUUGGAGGGUGGGCUGCAGGAUGGAGAACAUUCGGUGCAGAGGAGGAACACGCAGACUCUCUUAAUCCUAACCCCCGGUCGCGUCUAAAGCCAAGCGGUAAGGAUGCGUGACUGUGGCACUAAUCUGUGAGCCGGACUCUGCAGCACGGACUGGUGAGGCGCAGCAACGUGCCGGAAGGUGCCCUGACCUGCCGGGUCUGUUCCUUCAGGACAGAGCAGUAUCGACUCCUAACCUCACUGAGAAGGGGGGUGAGGGGUCUACCGUCUUUAGCAGCUUUGGUGACUUUUGUGUGAACUGCCCUGCCCUGUAAUAUGCAAAGCCGCCGUAUCGUUAAUCUGUACAGUACCGUCGGUGUGAGACCUUCUCUGUAACGUCAGCUCAGAUACCAGUGGACCAGUGUGUUGAACCUUACAUUUGCUUUUUUUCCCCCACUGAGUGAUGUGGGUUGCAGUAUAGCACUCUUAUUUAAUUAGGUGCACUCUCGUUAGAAGUUGUAUACCGUCUGCGUCAAUGUGACCAUCCAUCCUACAGACACAUGGUCUUAUUGGGCUGAAUGGAGAGGGGAGGUGACUGAUCUAAUGGUGAGAAUUCCUCAGACAGCUCCUCCUUCAGACUGACGGUUCGAGUUCACAGCUGGAAACAAGCUGCUUAGUUUGACCUCAGCUAGUUGGCACCUGCAUUUUUACAUAUAUGCGCGCACACACAUAUAUAUAUAUAUAUAUAUAUGUGUGUGUGUGUGUGUGUGUAUAUAAAGUGUUUUUAUAUACAUAUAAAAGUCUCUGGUUUUCCUUUAGUUUUGAAUCAGGAACCAUGAUAGCUUUCUUUUAUAUUUUACACAGAAAUAGUACACAGUAAAAUGCCUGCCCUACUUUGACUUGGGCAAACCUUUUCUCUUGAAUCCAUCAAUGAGACCAUGCAUUUCCCUUUAUAUUAUCUGUCUGGGAUCUUUUACAGAUAAGGAGCAGUAAUACCUUUUAACUACAGCUAGAAUGCUUAUUGGUCUCUAUAGAUUUAUGGCACCUGUGCUAUGGGAUGUCACUAAACCAUUGCUGUUUAUUCUCUGUCAGCCAUAUUGGAUCAUCUUGUCUAUUAAGUAGACCCCAAAAUGUAACAUGCCAUACUUUUGUCAUUGACUUUGUGGCCAACAGAUCCAAGAGAACUGGAUUCAUUAUUAGGAAAUUAUUGUUCCCUUCCCACUCCAACAUAAAUUUAAAAGCCUGCACACCUUUUGGGCCUUGGGUAUAUGCUACUCUGCAGCGUCUGGGGGUUAAUAUAACCUGGGCUUUGGGGUUUAAAAUAGGGGGCCGGUGGCAUCUCUAAGGCACGAGUCCCUUCCUGGAAUAGAGGUUGCAUUAUGAUGUCAUAGAGGACACAGGCUGGGGGGAUGAAGGAGGGGCUGGGUGUAGAGUGUCACUUAGCCAGAGUUGUUUUACCAUAAUAUCCAGCUGUACAAAUGGAUCAGUGUCAGUCAUUUCGCACAGAUAAGUGUAAAUUUUGUAAAUCACAUGCAAUCUGCAUUUUUACUGCUUCUCUGAAGGGUAAAGUUUGAGAUGUAGACUUAAAUGAAUCUUAUCCACUGUAUUAUUCUUGGGGAGCAGAGGAAUGGGAACUGGCUGUGGGAUUAUGUCUUAUCAGAUAUAUAAACGGUUAAAAAGAACUUGUUAUGCAUUAAAGCACUUUGGUGUAUACCAUGUACAUAUUCUAUGUGACUGAUUUCCUACUCUCCUGCCAUGACAUGUACCUAAUAGCAUGGUUUUAUUUAAAAAUGAACUGUAAAAAAAUGUAACAGCUUAAUUUUUUUAAAAUAAAAUCUAAGAGUAA